CGUCAGAGAGCAUGGAGCUUCCUGAUGUCGUCCUCUUGGGUCUCCCGAUCCCGCUCGGCGCUUUACUUAACCGCUAUACAACUACCCAGAGAGAACCGAGGCAACCACGGCGUCACUAAUGAUAAAUUCUUCUCUUGUGGGAGAGAGAGAGCAGGAGAGAGGAAUGGAGAAGCUUGGAGAGAAGAGGAGGGUAUGCGUGACCGGAGCGGGAGGGUUCAUAGCCUCAUGGCUGGUGAAGGUACUUCUCAAAAAGGGCUUCAUACUUCAUGGAACCGUUAGAGAUCCAAGUGAUGAAAAGAAUGCUCAUUUGAAGAAGUUGGAGAACGCCUCCGAAAACUUGCAACUCUUUAAGGCAGAUUUGCUUGACUACCAUGCUAUAACAUCAGCUAUUGCUGGAUGUGAAGGAGUAUUCCACGUUGCUAGUCCUGUUCCUGCAGCCAAAGUGCCCAACCCAGAGGUAGAAGUAAUUACUCCUGCUGUAACAGGCACUCUAAAUGUGCUCAAGGCAUGCCGUGAGGCAAAAGUUAAACGAGUGGUUGUGGUGUCAUCAGGUGCUGCCAUCACGAUGAUUCCAAAUUGGCCUGAGGACAAAAUGAAGGAUGAGAGUUGCUGGUCGGACAAGGAGUACUGCAGGAUAACAGAGAGCUGGUAUUCCCUUUCAAAAACACUGGCAGAGAGUGAGGCACUGGAAUAUGCAGAGAAACAUGGACUUGAUGUUGUAACUGUCUGCCCAUUUGUGGUUAUUGGACCAUUGUUGCAACCCACUGUGAAUUCAAGCAGCUUGUUUCUCAUCAAUAUUUUGACAGGAGUUCGUGAGUCUGUGGAGAACAAACGCUGGAGCUUUGUGGAUGUCAGAGAUGUGGUUGAUGCACUGCUUCUGGUAUAUGAGAAGCCAGAAGCAUCUGGACGCUACAUUUGUGCAUCUCACACGGUGAAACUUCGUGACCUGGUGGACAUGCUUAAGAGCAUGUAUCCCAACUAUAAUUACUCUAAAACUUUUGUUGAGGGAGUUGAAGGAAGCCUGGUGAGUUCAGAGAAGUUAAAGAUGUUGGGAUGGGAAUGCAGGAGGCUUGAGGAGAGCCUUAUCGAUAGUGUUGAAUGUUAUCGAGAUGCUGGUCUGUUGAGCAAGGAUUGAAUCACUCUAAAUCAAUAGCCUGGUGAUGAUUGAAAAGCAGUUGUGGGUGUCCAUUCUCUCAUGGUCCAUUGAAAGCCGUUAUCGCAAUGUAAAUGUUAUGAAGAAGCCAGCUGCAAGCUUGUGGUAUAUGCUAGAAAUAAUGGUUUUUUUUUUUUGGUAUGCGUGCACGCACACGUCUCUUUGCAGUUUCUUCUUUGCUUCUCAAGAGCCUCAAAGAUUGCAAUUACUGUGCUAACCAGCUAACCAGUUGAUUUGCCAGUCCAAAAAUCCAUUGGUAA